UUGAUCUUAUGCUGGAUCCAAACACUGCACACACUCGACUCAUUCUGUAUGAGGACAACAGGAAAAUUAAACAUGUGAAAAUCCCUCAGUCAUAUCCUGAUCAUCCAGAGAGAUUUGAGCACCAUGAGCAGGUUCUGUGUACUGAGAGUCUGACUGGAUGCUGUUACUGGGAGGCUGAAUGGAGCGGCUGGGUUGACAUAGCAGUGACGUAUAAAGGAAUAGACAAGAAAGCAGGAACUGAAAAUUGGUUUGGAUCUAAUGACAAAUCGUGGAGUCUGGACUGCCGUGAAAAAGGAUUUACCUCGAGGCACAAUAAUAGCAGCACUUAUUUACAAGCUGCUUCACCCCCCUCUACUAGAAUAGGAGUGUAUGUGGACGUGUCGGUCGGUUCGUUGUCCUUCUACAGCGUCUCUGACACACACACACUCACACACUUACACACAUUCAACACCACAUUCACUGAACCACUCUACGCUGGAUUUAGAGUUUAUUAUGCUUCUUCAGUGUCUCUGUGUCAGAUUAAAAGAGAGACGUGUAAUUAAAACUGAGAGAUAAACUUAUACAGUAGGUUGUCACCUAAAAUGCCUCUUAGCACUGCGUGUACUGCCACCCCAAGGCCACUGCAUUAAAUAAAACAUGUACACUAAUUUGUGAAAUCACCACCAUUAUAUAACAUUUCUUAGUAAAGCUGGAAUUUUGACAUUUUCACUUGUAAAUGACAGUAAAGAAAUUAAAUAAAUUACUGGUAACAAUAACAUGCCAUUAUAAAAUUAAAUUCUACACGCUUGGUAAACAAACUACAGCUAAUCCAAAAUGCAGCAGCAAGAGUUCUUACUAGAACUAGGAAGUAUGACCAUAUUAGCCCGGUCCU